AUGGAGCUCGAAUCAGACACAUACGACGUCGUAGUGAUAGGUACAGGGCUGGCAGAGAGUCUGGCAGCAGCCUCCCUCGCCAACUCGGGCAAGACCGUGCUCCACCUCGACCCUAACGAAUACUACGGCGCCUCCCAGGCUUCUUUGACGCUCGACGAGCUCUCUUCGUGGGCGACUGCUCGAUCGGGAUCCUCUGCAUCUGCCGAAGCUGGACCCAGUACACCUGCACCGUCGAUCUACAUCUCCGCCCAAAGACGGCGCUACACCCACGCCUCCACCUCCGCCCUGUCCCCCGCCCUCCAGGCCUCUCGGCGGCAGUACGCACUCUCGCUCUACCCUGCUCUUCUCCCCAGUCGAGGUCCGCUUAUAUCCACCCUGAUCACUUCGGGAGUGAGCAACUACGUCGGCUUCCGGAUCCUCGAUUCAAUCAGCGUAUGGCGAGGGGAGGGGCAGGAGGUCAAGCGAGUCCCGGGGAGUAAGGAGGAGGUAUUUAAGGAUAAGAGUAUUGGGCUGGUGGAUAAGCGGAGGUUGAUGAAGUUUUUGAUGUUUGUGGCUGGCGAGUUUGAGGGGGAGGAGCUGUUGAAAGGCAAGGAAGCGCUCGCACUGCCGGAAUUCUUGGCUCAGUCGUUCUCAAUACCACCCGGACUAUGUCAAGAGAUUACAUACGCGAUAGCACACUGUUCCUCACCAAACGAAGCGACACUACCUGCUCUGCAACGGACAAGAAGAUAUCUGAAAUCUAUCGGCCGAUAUGGACCCAGCGCAUUCUUGGUGGGGCAAUACGGCGGUGCGGGAGAAGUAGCACAAGGCUUCUGCCGUGCCUGCGCCGUAAAAGGCGGUACAUACGUCCUUGGCAGUCAAGCGGAUAUCGAGUCCCUCGACAUCUCAUCAGAAAAAGAUAUCGAGACGCCAAUAACGAUGAAGCUCGCAUGCCACCCUCGACCAAUCUCCGCAAAACACCUCAUCACGACCCCGGAUCACCUACCUCCCCAUCUUCUCCCUAAUCCAACCGGACCAGGCCCAGAACGGACCACAGCGCACUGUAUAGCCGUCCUCUCAUCCUUCCCGGUCCUGCUCAGACGAAAGGCAGACGCAGAAGAGACCGAAGAGAGAGAAGAGGAUGACACGGCCGUGGUGCUGUUCCCGCCUGAAGGGGAGAGAGGUCUGGUCAGGGGUCUGUUGAUGGGUGAGGGGACCGGGAGUUGCCCAGCUGGACAAUUCAUUCUGUACCUCAGCUCGACCGUCACCGAUGCGGAUGCGGUAGACCCGAAGACCGUUCUGAGACCAUAUCUCGAGCGCCUUAGCCAAGAGCCACUAUUCGAGGCGUACUACCUCUCGCACGACACACAGUCCCCGCCAACAGCCCCAUCCAGCUCAGAGUCGCCCCAGUAUGCCGCAGGAAGGGUAGUCGUAGUGGAAUCAUAUAGCCAGGGAGAGUCGAUAACGGAAGGUCUUGACUGGGAGGCGGAGCAGGGCGAGAAGGCGUUCUGGGCGGUCAUGGGUGAUAAGGAUAAGCUCGAGGCGGGAGUCAAGGGGUGGUGGGAGAAAGAUGGGGAGGUGGAAGAGGGAGAAGGAGAAGAGGAGGUCGAGCUGCAGGGCCUGUGA